CAAUCAAAAUUCAACAAAUCAGUAGAAAAUUUUUAAUAUUCCAGAAAAAACUACGCUUCAAAGCAAAAGAAGUCUCAUCUUUCUGACCAACGCAAUAAAAUAAUAGCAAAGAAAAAACACAAGUGAAAAUAGCCCCCUUUUUUUUCAUAAUUUGAUUUUAAAGAUUAUCCCGGGGAAAUGAAAAGAAACAAGCAAACAACAAAGUUCCAUUGGAUAAAACUAUACAAACCAUAGUCGUCAAAGAACACAAGUUACAAAAACCUUGUAUCAUUUGGAUGUGCAUAUAAAAAUAAUAUAAUGUUAAAAUUUAUUUAACAUUGUAUUCUCUUGAUUUGUUUUAAAUUGAAAAAAAGAAAUAAAGAAUAAAAAAAGAAACAACAAUGUCCACUCCAGUUUUUAUGACCGUACCAAAGUACGUUGCUAUUUCACCAAGUCCUUUGACCAGGAUCAACACCCAAUCUCCAGCCAUGUCCAUUGGAAUGCAGUCGUCGGUGUGCUCUGAGUCAUCAUCGGAUGAUUCUUCUGCAUUCCGUGGCAAGAAAAGACGAUUGGAUCAUCUAUCUUGGGAGGAAAAACUACAAAGGAAAAAACUAAAGAAUCAUGUAGCAGCUCAGACAUCCCGUGACCGUAAGAAAGCUCGCAUGGAAGAAAUGGAACAGACUGUCAACGAACUUACAGAUCAGACAGAAAUGUUGAAAAACAAAUGCGAUAGCCUCCAAGCUAUCAAUGAAACACUUUUGGCCAAAAACCAGAAACUAGACAAGGAAGUUGAAUACUUGAAAGUACAACUUAAACAACUACAAAGCGCACAACAACAGCAAGCAUCUUCUCAAUCUAUCCCUAUUUUACCCUCUGCCGCAGGGAAUGAAGGAAUCUCAAUCAGUGACACAAGACAACCAACACAAACAGCGCCCACGACGAUCCCCAGUAGCCUUCAACGAGAAAUCAGUUGCAGCUCUGUGGAAAAUUGUGGCUCUUUGCCUUCUCUACAAGACAUGUUCGAAGAUUUCGACUCCACUAAAUUGGAAGAGCUUGCCGAAAGCCUACUCGCAGAUAUCACUGCAGACAUGGAAGGAAGCCAUCCACAAGGCCACACAGAUGCUACCCAAGAUGCAGGCAUCGCAGAGCGAUUGUCUGGAUCAGUGGUGGGGACCACAUCAGAAAUCAUGGAAUCCGGCGAAUAUACCAACAGCAGCAGCUGCAGCGACAGUGGUAUCUGCUUGAAUAAUACCGACCAAAUAGAAUCGUCAUCACUUAUAAACACAACACAACAACAAGAGCAACCACCAGUUGACACUGGUGAAACUAUAUACGGGACCUACGAUGAAAAAACGAACUCCAUCACCAUUGUCGUUGGUGAUGCUGAUGAUGCAGUCGCAAUGAAUGAAGCUUGCGAAGAAGUCUAUUGCGAGGGAGAGGAACCACCUAAGAAUGAAGAAACCAUAGAAUGUGGCAUGACUUCGGAUGAUAUUGAAGAGGAUGAUGAUGAUUUCGAUACUGGAUUCUUAUCAUUGACUUCAUUGGAUUCAAGGAAAAAUUGUCUAAAGAGUCCGCUAUCGAUACAUUCAUACUCAGAUCCGGGAUAUGAGUCUAUUGGAUCACCACAGAGUGAUAUUGGAUCAACGAUAUCAACGUUUGAUGAAAUGGCUUGGACAAGCAGCAUAAAUGAGCUGUUUCCAUCGUUGCUUUAAAGCAUCAAGUCAAAUAUGGUAGAAAUGAAAAUGGAUAUUAAAUUUAAUUUAUAUAUUUUGUUUGUACCCGUUUUUUGUACACAAAAAUUUAAACUUUCCCCGUACAUGACGCUUUAAAAAUUAAGAAACUAAUUUAUAUUUUAUAAAAAAUACUGUUAUAAUUGUAAGGUCCUUGUAAAUAGUAGAUGCUAAGAAUUGAUUUUUUUAAGAAUCUAAAUACUAAGUUGAAGUAAUUCUAAGUUGUUGUGUUUUAAGUGAUAAUUGAUAAUAUAUAAAAAAAAAUAAAAGAAUAUUUUAGACAAAACAUA